AUGCUCUUUCUAUAUACAACAUUGAUAGCUUAUGUUUUGCAAAUAGCGUUAUUGCUAUAUGUUAAUGCUACACAACAAUCAUCGAAAAUACCACGUCUACUUAUUAUUUCACUUGAUGGAUUUCGACAUAAUUAUUUACAUGAACACAAUUUACCUACAUUUAAUCGAUUUCGUAAUGAAGGUAUACAAGCAAAAUAUGGAAUGCAACCUACAUUUCCUACAAUGACAUUUCCUAAUCAUAUUUCAAUUGCUACAGGAAUGUAUCAAGAAGACCAUGGUAUUGUACAUAAUAUAUUUUAUGAUCGAUUAUUAAAUAUAACUAUUGAAAUGAAUCAUCGUGACAAUCGACAAUGGCUAAAUCCAAAAGUAGAACCUUUGUGGAUUACAGCAACUAAACAAAAAGUCAAAUGUGCUGUUUUAUUUUGGCCAGCAUGUCAUAAUGAAUUUUAUGGUAUACGUCCACUUAUCUAUAGUUGGUCAUACACUGAUGAUAUACCUUUUCGAGAAAAAAUUGACAAUGCUCUAAGUUACUUUCGUGAGUUACCAAUUCAACUCGUUAUGUUAUAUCAUUUUGAGCCAGAUAAACAAGGACAUACAUAUGGUCCUGAUUCACCGAAAGUACGCGAUACAUUAAUUCGUCUUGAUGGUGAUAUUGAAUAUUUGCUGUAUAAAGUAAAGUGUGAACUCAACGAUGAUUUAAAUAUAAUUAUACUUUCUGAUCAUGGUAUGACCAAAGUAAAAGGUGUGAUUCGACCCUUUGUCGACAAAUAUCUUAAUAAAAAAUCAGUUGAAACAUCUAUUCUUUCGGGUGCAUUAUUCAAUGUCAUACCAAAAAAUGGACUCACUGAAGCAGUAUACAAUAGUCUUAGAAAUAUUCCUAAUGUUACAGUAUAUAAACGUUAUGACAUUCCUGAACGUUUUCGUUAUUCGAAACCAGAUCAUCGACUUGGGGAAAUAACUGUAUUACCAAAUUCAGAAGGUGUAAUUCUAUCUUCAGCUACAAAAAUGAAAUCCUAUAAUAAAAAAGGUAAUCAUGGAUGGGAUAACACAUUAGCAUCUAUGCAAGCUAUAUUUAUGGCUCGUGGUCCUUCCUUUAAUAUAAAUGUUUCAAUUCGUUCACUUCAUAGUGUUGAUAUUUAUCAUAUUGCGUGUCGCAUUCUUAAACUUCAUCCAAAUCCUCAUGCUACUGCCGGUUCAAUCACACUCACCACAUUAGAUCUCAGUAAAAAUUCAAUCGGAGAUAUUGGAGCACAACAUCUAGGUGAUGCAUUACAAAAUAACACGACACUGACUACAUUAUUUCUUCAAGAAAAUCCAAUUGGUGUUCUCGGAGUACAACAUCUAGCUGAUGCAUUACGAAAGAAUACAACACUUACUACACUAUAUCUCUCAUCACAUCAUAUUGGAGCUGAAGGUGCACAGUAUCUGGUUCAUGCAUUACACUAUAAUAUGACACUUGUCACUCUAUAUUUUGGUAAUAGCCAUAUCGGAGAUCUUGGAGCACAACAUCUAGCAGAUAUGUUACGAAAUAAUACGACACUCAGUGCUCUCAGUCUUGAAGGAAAUGAAAUUGGAAUUCAUGGAAUUCAACAUCUGACUAAUACAUUACAAUAUAAUACAACACUCGUUACAUUAUAUUUAGGUAACAAUAGAAUUCAAGCUCUUGGAGCACAACACCUAGCUGAUGUACUACCUUUACGAAUUGAUGAUAAAAUUUCUAAACAUUUAUUAUCAUCAAAAUCAUGUAAAAAAAUGUUUUAA